GUCACUUGCCUGGGCGUUUCAAAUGCAACAUCCACAGAGGCACUGAGGCCAUUGCUCUUUUGUCUCUUCGAGGCUGUGCCUGUGACGACUCAUCUUCUCCAUUCGGUCGACACCAGCGGCUCUCUGGAGGUUCUUCCUCCUGCGAAGGCAGAACAUCUGCCCAAUGUGGGCCUAUGGCUUCGCCAGUUGCUUCGGUCUGGACCUUCAACUUCCGAAGUCCAUCCUUCUUUCGAGGCGUUGGCCCCGUCGGACUGCUUAACCUGUGAGACCGGCUCAACUGGUUCGCCGUUCGCCGGCGCCCGACUCGUCGUUCAGAACAAGGCUGCUUCCGGCGCGAUGUUCAAUUCUGGAGGGCACUUUGACGACGGCGGUCGCAGGAAUCCGUUCGCCAGAAAGACAUUUAGACUAGACCAGCCGUCUGCGAUGCUGCUGAUGGAGACGCGGCGCGCGGGUCCAGGCAUCCUGACGGCUUGGUAUCGGCAACUGGACGAAGCGGAGGAGGCGGAAGUGUUCCGGCUUCCCUCAGAAGUUUCGGUUGCCCGGCCUGCCGGAGCUUCUGCUGUCGGUCACCUCAAACCGACAUCCAGCCAACCCGACCAGCUGUCUGUCGGGGUGGCAGUUCAUAGUGCUUCGCUUGAUCGGCCGCGAAGAGCCAACCUUGAGGCGGACAAGUCGGGCAGGCCGGCCAACCGAAUCUUCUGGAAGGUGGGUAUUGCCGACUGA